AUGACCUCUCAGAUUCGUCAAAAUUAUUCCACCGAAGUGGAAACUGCCAUGAACCUCCUGGUCAACUUGGACCUGCAGGCCUCCUACUCCUGCCUCUCUCUGGGCUUCUUUUUUGAUCAGGAUGACAUGGCUCUGGAGGAUGUAGGCCUCUUCUUCCACGAAUUGGCCAAGGAGAAGUACAAGGGCACAGAGAGCAUCUCUUCAGGCUGCAGAAGGAUCACAGGGAGUGGGGAUGAUGCUGGGGAUGAUGCGCUCUCCCAGGAUGUGCAGAAGCCAUCUCAAGACGGAUGGGGUAAAACCCAGGAGGUCAUGGAAGCUGCCUUGGCCCUGGAGAAGAACCUGAACCAGGCCCUCUUGCAUCUGCAUGCCCUGGGUUCUGCCGGCACAGACCCUCAUCUCUGUGACUUCUUGGAAAGCCACUUCUUGGAUAAGGAAGUGAAGCUCAUCAAGAAGAUGGGCAACCACUUGACUAACCUCCGUAGGCUGGCAGAGCCACAACCAGUACAGACUGGCGUGCCCCAGGGAUCUCUGGGUGAGUAUUUCUUUGAGCUCCUCACUCUCAAGGAUGACUAG